GAAAGAAGUGCGACCAUUUCAAAGCGGUCGCGACCUUCUCGCAAACCCCAAACGCCAAUCAGUUGGUCCGGAGGGGGAGAGCGACGACUAUGGCGAUGCUAGAGAUCAUUGUCGGUGCCCUACUCCUUAUGCUGCUUCUGACCCUCCUUCUUUUCAUCAUCCUCGCCUUGAAGCCAUGGCGCUUCUUCUCCUCCUCCUCUCGUUCCCGCACCAUCAAGGUUGGUGACCUAGAUAGGCCCCUUGUUUCGGAUGAUGUGGAUCUCAUCCAAAACCAAAUCAAUGAAUUGCCAAGGGAUCAUGAUCUAGAGGGGGCAUGUCCUCAGAAUGAAGGGCAUUUCCGCUCACCCCGGAAUUAUGGACUUGUUCACAAACAGAGGCUUCCCACUGGGUCUCCUCAUAUAACUGAAGGUGAUAGCUUCGCUCUAGACCUAAUAUCUGAUCGUCCAGAAGAUGUUUUGGUUGGUCAGACGCUGAAGCGUCCUUUGGCACCAGACCAAUUAGCGGAAGUUCUAAAACAUGGUAGACAGAGUUUGGAAGAUGAUAGAUUUCAAGAGUUUGUGCACAAGGAUAUUCUAGAUCAAAGAAGCUGCCUCACCCUGGAGGUUAUAUCUGGUCCAUCUCGUGGGCUUUGUUGUUCUGUACAGUCAAUAAAUACCUCUAAGCUUCCGCUGACCCUUGGAAGAGUUUCUCCAAGUGAUUUAGUAUUGAAGGAUUCAGAGGUGUCAGGGAAGCAUGCGAUGAUAAACUGGAAUUUGAAUAAGAUGAAGUGGGAGCUUGUAGAUAUGGGUAGCCUCAAUGGAACACUUUUAAAUUCACGGCCAAUCAACCAUCCAGAUUCUGGAAGUAGACAUUGGGGUGACCCGAUUGAGCUUGCAAGUGGAGACAUAAUAACUCUUGGCACAACCUCACAAUUAUAUGUUCGCAUUACAUCUCAAAGUGAGUGUCAGAUUCCCUUUGGAGUUGGUGUGGCAUCAGAUCCAAUGGCUUUGCGUAGAGGAGGAAAGAAGUUUCCGAUGGAAGAUGUGUGCUACUAUCAAUGGCCUCUUCCUGGGACGGACCAGUUUGGUUUGUUUGGCAUCUGUGAUGGACAUGGUGGAGCAGGGGCUGCCAAAUAUGCUAGCAAAAUUCUACCUGAGAUGGUUUCUGCCACUUUGUCGGAUUCUCUAAAAAGGGAGAGUGUUUUAUCACUAUGUGACGCUUCAGAUAUUCUGAGGGAUGCAUUUUCCCAGACAGAAGCAUGCAUGAAUCAUUAUUAUGAGGGUUGUACUGCAACGGUGCUUCUGGUAUGGGCUGAUGGUGAUGAAAAUUUCUUUGUGCAAUGUGCAAAUGUUGGGGAUUCAGCUUGUGUUAUGAAUGUUGAUGGGAAGCAGAUUAAGAUGACUGAAGACCAUAGGAUAACCAGUUAUUCUGAAAGAGUCCGAAUUGAAGAAACAGGAGAACCACUGAAAGAUGGGGAAACUCGUCUCUGUGGUUUGAAUCUUGCUCGGAUGCUUGGAGACAAAUUUCUUAAACAGCAGGAUCCCCGCUUCAGUUCAGAGCCUUAUAUAAGUCAAGUUGUACGUAUUGAUCGAGCAAGUGGGGCAUUUGCACUAUUGGCAAGUGAUGGGUUUUGGGAUGUCAUUAGUGUGAAGAAGGCAACACAGCUAGUCCUUCAGACAAGGGAGAGACACUCGACGGAUGAGGAUUCAGCAGAGAAUAUUGCUAAUUUUUUGUUGAGUGAGGCUAGAACACUGCGAACAAAGGAUAACACCUCUAUAAUUUUCUUAGAUUUUGACACCACUAGAAUCUCAUGUAAAGUUGACUCUUGAUUUGAAUAAAAAAGUUUUAGUUA